UAUUGAACUGUAUACUUACAAAUGGUUAAGAUGAUGAAUUUUGUGUUACAUAUAUUUUAUCAGAGUCAAAAGUAAAAAAUAUAUAUUAAAAAUACGUUUUGCACUUUUGAGAUGAGGAAGCCAGUUAUAACCAAAAAAUGUAAAAUAUAGUUUAAAUUUCUGUUGUCUUCAGAUUAACAGAAUUCAUCAUUCCUUCAGUCUCCCUGUGUACAGCAUUCUUCACUUUCACAUUGUACUUGAGUGUGCUUCCUUACCCUAUCUUUUUCUCCACUUUCAACUACCCAGCACUCUCACAUUUAAACUUCUUCCUCAAAUUGCUUGCCUCAUGGAUUAAGAACAAUUUUUAAUGUGAAACAAACCAUAACCAAAGAUGAAGUAGGAAUAUAAUGUAAUCAGCUGCCUUCUUUUUAUCUGGUGCUUCUACUUGUUACUAGGGACAUUUUAAAAAAUUAUGGAGCAGCCUCUGUGUGUCAGGCACUGUGCUGGUGUUUCCACAUUUGUAUUUUGAGAGUUGAUUAUUUAUCAGAAAUGGACGAAAGUAACCAGCCUUAAAGGAACUUUGAUUAUUAUUUUUAUUAAGAUUGCUUUGGUCAUGGGAAUAUUUUUCUUCUUCGGGCAAAUUAUUAAUUACUUAAUAAGGAUAUAUUCCUAACAAGAGUACAUCUUGGUGUUUAAAAGUAUGUUUACAUGUGUUUUACUAAUACAGGGAAUUAAUUCUCAGUAUGUGGAUAGCUAUAAUGCCUUCAAAAUGUUCAUUACGCCAGAUAGUUCAGAUUUAUGUCAUUGAGGGCAAAGCUCAAGACAGCAUAUAUUUGCUUUUAACUGCCCCUCACUGUUCAAGGUCAGUGUGGUACAUCCUAGUGAAAGGAAGACAGUGCAUCAGAAUGUUUGUUUUGAGCAUUUAUUUUUAGCAGCAGAACUAGAAAUUAUAUUUUCAUUUUAGGGUAUAUAUUUUUAUUUAUUAUGAACAUUCCAAGAAGACUAAAUAAUUUUAGACAUGCGUAUGUGAGUGCACGUGUACAUUGCAUGCACGUGUGUAUGUGUGUGUGAGAGAGUGAGAGACUGAGUCUGAGACUGUGAGAGAGAAGGAGAGGGAGAGAAAAGAAAAAGACAUCCCCUUAAUAGCAGGAGGGGGGUAGAGGCUUACUCAGUCUAUUAUCAUAAAGCUCUGCUAAUGUAGCUUCUGAGUCAUGUGACUGCAGAAAAGGCUAUUAUCUCAAUGAAAAGGAAACCGGGUUUUAGAGCAAGCAAUAGAAUAGAAGCAGGAAGAAUUUUCGAGUGUUCCACCAUGCUGGAUUGUCAAAGGGGGAUCUGUCUGAUCAGCAGCUAAAAAAGGAUUUGUGUGGCUAGUUUGUCAGCUAUCGUUAGAAACAAAUGAUAGAGGAGAUAAGCGGCGGGGUGCUCAGCAUGUGCUUAGGUUUACCCCAAGACAUAAUGUUGGUUUGGGUUAACAGAGGAGAUUUAUCUCUGAGGCAAUAAAUUUAUUUCUAAUUGUGGGGGGUUUUGUUUUGUUUUAAUGAGUGAUGUAUGGUAUUUGUAUUUACAUCACUGGUGAAGAUAAAGAGAAGCUGCUGAGCUCUGAUAUGAACUGCAGAGGCUGUGGACAAUUACAAGUUGCUGAUAUGUGUUCAAGAUGAGUGGGAUGGGAGAAAAUACCUCUGACCCGUCCAGGGCAGAGACAAGAAAGCGCAAGGAAUGUCCUGACCAACUUGGACCCAGCCCCAAAAGGAACACUGAAAAACGUAAUCGUGAACAGGAAAAUAAAUACAUAGAAGAACUUGCAGAGCUGAUUUUUGCAAAUUUUAAUGAUAUAGACAACUUUAACUUCAAACCUGACAAAUGUGCAAUCUUAAAAGAAACUGUGAAGCAAAUUCGUCAGAUCAAAGAACAAGAGAAAGCAGCAGCUGCCAACAUAGAUGAAGUGCAGAAGUCAGAUGUAUCCUCUACAGGGCAGGGUGUCAUCGACAAGGAUGCGCUGGGGCCUAUGAUGCUUGAGGCCCUUGAUGGGUUCUUCUUUGUAGUGAACCUGGAAGGCAAUGUUGUGUUUGUGUCAGAGAAUGUGACACAGUAUCUAAGGUAUAACCAAGAAGAGCUGAUGAACAAAAGUGUAUAUAGCAUCUUGCAUGUUGGGGACCACACGGAAUUUGUCAAAAACCUGCUGCCAAAGUCUAUAGUGAAUGGGGGAUCUUGGUCUGGUGAACCUCCGAGGCGGAACAGCCAUACCUUCAAUUGUCGGAUGCUGGUAAAACCUUUACCUGAUUCAGAAGAGGAGGGUCAUGAUAACCAGGAAGCUCAUCAGAAAUAUGAAACUAUGCAGUGCUUCGCUGUCUCUCAACCAAAGUCCAUCAAAGAAGAAGGAGAAGAUUUGCAGUCCUGCUUGAUUUGCGUGGCAAGAAGAGUUCCCAUGAAGGAAAGACCAGUUCUUCCCUCAUCAGAAAGUUUUACUACUCGCCAGGAUCUCCAAGGCAAGAUCACUUCUCUGGAUACCAGCACCAUGAGAGCAGCCAUGAAGCCAGGCUGGGAGGACCUGGUGAGAAGGUGCAUUCAGAAGUUCCACGCGCAGCAUGAAGGAGAAUCUGUGUCCUAUGCUAAGAGGCAUCAUCAUGAAGUACUGAGACAAGGAUUGGCAUUCAGUCAAAUCUAUCGUUUUUCCUUGUCUGAUGGCACUCUUGUUGCUGCACAAACGAAGAGCAAACUCAUCCGUUCUCAGACUACUAAUGAACCUCAACUUGUAAUAUCUUUACAUAUGCUUCACAGAGAGCAGAAUGUGUGUGUGAUGAAUCCGGAUCUGACUGGACAAACGAUGGGGAAGCCAUUGAAUCCAAUUAGCUCUAGCAGCCCUGCCCAUCAGGCCCUGUGCAGUGGGAACCCAGGUCAGGACAUGACCCUCAGUAGCAAUAUAAAUUUUCCCAUAAAUGGCCCAAAGGAACAAAUGGGCAUGCCCAUGGGCAGGUUUGGUGGUUCUGGGGGAAUGAACCAUGUGUCAGGCAUGCAAGCAACCACUCCUCAGGGUAGUAACUAUGCACUCAAAAUGAACAGCCCCUCACAAAGCAGCCCUGGCAUGAAUCCAGGACAGCCCACCUCCAUGCUUUCACCAAGGCAUCGCAUGAGCCCCGGAGUGGCGGGCAGCCCUCGAAUCCCACCCAGUCAGUUUUCCCCUGCAGGAAGCUUGCAUUCCCCUGUGGGAGUUUGCAGCAGCACAGGAAAUAGCCAUAGUUAUACCAACAGCUCCCUCAAUGCACUUCAGGCCCUCAGCGAGGGGCACGGGGUCUCAUUAGGGUCAUCGUUGGCUUCACCGGACCUAAAAAUUGGCAAUUUACAAAACUCCCCAGUUAAUAUGAAUCCUCCCCCACUCAGCAAGAUGGGAAGCUUGGACUCAAAAGACUGUUUUGGACUUUAUGGGGAGCCCUCUGAAGGUACAACUGGACAAGCAGAGAGCAGCUGCCAUCCUGGAGAGCAAAAGGAAACAAAUGACCCCAGCCUGCCCCCGGCCGUGAGCAGCGAGAGAGCCGACGGGCAGAGCAGGCUGCAUGACAGCAAAGGGCAGACCAAACUCCUGCAGCUGCUGACCACCAAAUCCGAUCAGAUGGAGCCCUCACCCUUAGCCAGCUCUUUGUCGGACACAAGCAAAGACUCCACAGGUAGCUUGCCUGGUUCUGGGUCAACACAUGGAACCUCGCUCAAGGAGAAGCAUAAAAUUUUGCACAGACUCUUACAGGACAGCAGUUCCCCUGUGGACUUGGCCAAGUUAACAGCAGAAGCCACAGGCAAAGACCUGAGCCAGGAGUCCAGCAGCACAGCUCCUGGGUCAGAGGUGACUGUUAAACAAGAGCCGGUGAGCCCCAAAAAGAAAGAGAAUGCACUACUUCGCUAUUUGCUAGAUAAAGAUGAUACUAAAGAUAUUGGUUUACCAGAAAUUACCCCCAAACUUGAGCGACUGGACAGUAAGACAGAUCCUGCCAGUAACACAAAAUUAAUAGCAAUGAAAACUGAGAAGGAAGAGAUGAGCUUUGAGCCCGGUGACCAGCCUGGCAGUGAGCUGGACAACUUGGAGGAGAUUUUGGAUGAUUUGCAGAAUAGUCAAUUACCACAGCUUUUCCCAGACACGAGGCCAGGCGCCCCUGCUGGAUCAGUUGACAAGCAAGCCAUCAUCAAUGACCUCAUGCAACUUACAGCUGAAAACAGCCCUGUCACACCUGUUGGAGCCCAGAAAACAGCACUGCGAAUUUCACAGAGCACUUUUAAUAACCCACGACCAGGGCAACUGGGCAGGUUAUUGCCAAGCCAGAAUUUACCACUUGACAUCACAUUGCAAAGCCCAACUGGUGCUGGACCUUUCCCACCAAUCAGAAACAGUAGUCCUUACUCAGUGAUACCUCAGCCAGGAAUGAUGGGUAAUCAAGGGAUGAUAGGAAACCAAGGAAAUUUAGGGAACAGUAGCACAGGAAUGAUUGGCAGCAGUGCUUCUCGGCCUACUAUGCCAUCUGGAGAAUGGGCACCACAGAGUUCCGCUGUGAGAGUCACCUGUGCAGCUACCACUAGUGCCAUGAACCGGCCAGUCCAAGGAGGUAUGAUUCGGAACCCAGCAGCCAGCAUCCCCAUGAGGCCCAGCAGCCAGCCUGGCCAAAGACAGACACUUCAGUCUCAGGUCAUGAAUAUAGGGCCAUCUGAACUAGAGAUGAACAUGGGGGGACCUCAGUAUAGUCAACAACAAGCUCCUCCAAAUCAGACUGCCCCGUGGCCUGAAAGCAUCCUGCCUAUAGACCAGGCGUCUUUUGCCAGCCAGAACAGGCAGCCGUUCGGCAGUUCUCCAGAUGACUUGCUGUGUCCACAUCCUGCAGCUGAGUCUCCGAAUGAUGAGGGAGCUCUCCUGGACCAGCUCUAUCUAGCCUUGCGGAAUUUUGAUGGCCUGGAGGAGAUUGAUAGAGCCUUGGGAAUACCAGAACUGGUCAGCCAGAGCCAAGCAGUAGAUCCAGAACAGUUCUCAAGUCAGGAUUCCAACAUCAUGCUGGAGCAGAAGGGCCCUGUUUUCCCCCAGCAGUAUGCAUCUCAGGCACAGAUGGCCCAGGGUAGCUAUUCUCCCAUGCAAGAUCCAAACUUUCACACCAUGGGACAGCGGCCCAGUUACGCCACACUCCGUAUGCAGCCCAGACCCGGCCUCAGGCCCACGGGCCUAGUGCAGAACCAGCCAAAUCAACUGAGACUUCAACUUCAGCAUCGCCUCCAAGCACAGCAGAAUCGCCAGCCACUUAUGAAUCAAAUCAGCAAUGUUUCCAAUGUGAACUUGACUCUGAGACCUGGAGUACCAACACAGGCACCUAUUAAUGCACAGAUGCUGGCCCAGAGACAGAGGGAAAUCCUGAACCAGCAUCUUCGACAGAGACAAAUGCAUCAGCAACAGCAAGUUCAGCAACGAACUUUGAUGAUGAGAGGACAAGGGUUGAAUAUGACACCAAGCAUGGUGGCUCCUAGUGGGAUGCCGGCAACUAUGAGCAACCCCCGGAUUCCCCAGGCAAAUGCACAGCAGUUUCCAUUUCCUCCAAACUACGGAAUAAGUCAGCAACCUGAUCCAGGCUUUACUGGGGCUACAACUCCCCAGAGCCCACUUAUGUCACCCCGAAUGGCACAUACACAGAGUCCGUUGAUGCAGCAGUCUCAGGCCAACCCAGCCUAUCAGGCCCCCUCCGACAUGAAUGGAUGGGCACAGGGGAACAUGGGCGGAAACAGCAUGUUUUCCCAGCAGUCCCCACCACACUUUGGGCAGCAAGCAAACACCAGCAUGUACAGUAACAAUAUGAACAUCAAUGUGUCCAUGGCGACCAACACAGGUGGCAUGAGCAGCAUGAACCAGAUGACAGGACAGAUCAGCAUGACCUCAGUGACCUCCGUGCCUACAUCGGGGCUGUCCUCCAUGGGUCCCGAGCAGGUUAAUGAUCCUGCUCUAAGGGGAGGCAACCUGUUCCCAAACCAGCUGCCUGGAAUGGAUAUGAUUAAGCAGGAGGGAGACACAACACGGAAAUAUUGCUGACACUGACGGUAGCCAGUUGCUUCUUCAGCUGACCGGGCUCACUUGCUCAAAACACUUCCAGUCUGGAGAGCCGUGUCUAUUUGUUUCGACCCAACUGACCUGCCAGCCAGUUCUGCCAGAGCAGACAGGCCUGGGCCCUGGCUCCCAGGGUGGCUUCCACUCGGGUGUGACAGGAGGAGCUGCCUCUUCUCUUGACAGUCUGAAGCUCGCAUCCAGACAGUCGCUCAGUCUGUUCACUGCAUUCACCUUAGUGCAACUUAGAUCUCUCCUGCAAAGUAAAUGUUGACAGGCAAAUUUCAUACCCAUGUCAGAUUGAAUGUAUUUAAAUGUAUGUAUUUAAGGAGAACCAUGCUCUUGUUCCGUUCCUGUUUGGUUCCAGACACUGGUUUCUUGCUUUGUUUUCCCUGGCUAAUCAGUCUAGUGCAAAGUAAGAUUUUAUCUGGGGGAAAGAAAAGAAUUUUUAAAAAAUUAAAUUAAAGGUGUUUUAAGCUAAAGCCUGCAUUUGGGAUGGAAGCAGGACAGACGCCGUGGACAGCGCUGUAUGUACAGACACACCCAGUGAGUGAAGACCAAGAAAGUCACAGUUGUAUCUGUAGAAAGCUCUAAAGACCGUGUUGGAAAGAGUCUCCAGUAAUGGAACAGUUGAAAAGGAGCCUGUGAGAGGGCUGUUGACAUUAACAAAUAUUUUUUCCUUUUUUUUUCUUUGUUAAAACCAACUAGUUCACCUGAAUCAUAAAUCAAGAAGAAAUCAUUUUCGUUUCUAAAUUAAGUUCCCUUUAGUUUGAUCAGACAGCUUGAAUCAGCGUCUCUUCUUCCCUGUCAGCCCGACUCUUCCCUUCCCCUCUCUCCCUAUCCUCCCCACUUUCAUUCAUUUUUAAAAAAAUAAUAUAAGCUACAGAAACCAGGUAACCCCUUUAUUUCCUUAAAUGUUUUGCCAGCCACUUACCAGUUGCUAAGUAUUGAAUUUUCGAAAUAAAAUACAUUUACUGGCAAGCAGAAGAGCAAAGUUAAGACUUGAUACCAAUCAAGCUAAGGAUACCUGCUUUGGAAGCAUGUUUAUUCUGUUCCCCAGCAACUCUGGCCUCCAAAACGGGAGAAAACGCCAGUGUGUUUAAAUUGACAGCAGAUAUCACGACAGAUUUGACCUCUGCCAUGUGUUUUUUAUUUUGUUUUUUAGCAGUGCUAAGCUGAAGUUUUGUAAGGUACAUAAAAUCCAAUUUAUAUGUAAACAAGCAAUAAUUUAAGUUGAGAACUUACGUGUUUUAAUUGUAUAAUUUUUGUGAGGUAUACAUAUUGUGGAAUUGACUCAAAAAUGAGGUACUUCAGUAUUAAAUUAGAUAUCUUCAUAGCAAUGUCUCCUAAAGGUGUUUUGUAAAGGAUAUCAAUGCCUUGAUUAGACCUAAUUUGUAGAUUUAAGACUUUUUAUUUUCUAAACCUUGUGAUUCUGCUCAUAAGUCAUUUAUCUAAUCUAUAUGAUAUGCAGCCGCUGUAGGAACCAAUUCUUGAUUUUUAUAUGUUUAUAUUCUUUCUUAACGAACCUUAGAAAGACUACACAUUACUAAGCAGGCCACUUUUAUGGUUGUUUUUCUUGCCCACUCUGGUAGGGAAAUAAUCUUUUAUUAAUGGAUGUCAGUUUCAGACAACUGCAAUACCAAGAAACUGAUGACCUUUUUUGAGCUAUUUCUCCUUAACCCCUAAUACCUUUCUUACCUAAAUUUCAGAAUGAUACCUUUUUGAUGUCUAAAAAGCAAAGCAUUUUAUAAUAUCUCAUUAGCCAGGCUUUUUAGGAACAGAGAAGUUUUUCCUUGAAAUUUGAUUGUUCAUUUGUGGCAGGGUGAAAAUUGUACAAACUACCCCUAUUUAUAUUUAUAUCUCUCUCUAUAUGUACAGAUUAUGGAAAUAUAGAAAGAGAUAUAGCCCAAAGAUAGAUGGUAAGUAGACAGUCUGAAAGUGUUGCUCCAUACUAAAGAAACUUUCUGGAAAUUUGCAUUUCGAUACUUUUUUCCACUUGAGAGGGAUCUCAAUACAGGGAGGUGGCCAAGGAACAACACUUCUCAGUGGCCACCAGUUCAUAUAUCCCCUCAAAAGGCUCUACUUUUCUCCACCAAACCAUUGGGUUGCCCAACUGUGAUGGAAAAAAACGAGCAGAUGUUGGCCCAGAACUCCAGGACCUCCCCGUGGGCCGAGGCUCACGUGGCAUACAAUUUAGUGUGACCAGUUUCAGUGUUUAGAAAUAUGUGAAUUAGAAUGACUUUUAACUUCACACAGCACAAAAGAGAAAUGGAGUUUAAACUGGAUUUGUUUUGUUUUGAGUUUCAAGUCCCUUUUCACUACAACACCGUCCAAAGCUAUCUACGUAUCUCUUCUUUUGUAUCCAUCUGCCGCUGUAUUUUAAUGUCGAUUCUAACUUAGACAAAUCUGCAACCUCAUGAUACUGGUAAUUUAUAAUAAUUCAUGAUCAUUGCUGUUUUGAAGGAAAAGAGAUGAUAAAUUCUCUUAUGGUUUCGAUCAGGUAAUGGAUUUUGUUUUACAUCUAAUUGGAAGAAGAAAAGUAAGUGAAGGAUUCCUCUGAUCAUAUUGAUCACUAUAGAAGCAAAAGCCAAAUCAGUUCCCUUUAUUAUCAGUAUUUCUCAUGCUGUACACAAUAAAUUUGUUAGACUGAGUACUUGGUUUUUGUUUAAUAGAACAAAUAAUCAGUGUUUCACUUAUAUUACUAAAUGUGAAAAACAUAAUGUGAAAAGUAUACAUACAUUAACUUGGUUGUAAAACUCAUUUAAGUGUUCAUGUAAUGUGGUAAGUUUAAAAAGUGAAGUGAGCUGUUUUACUACAAUGAAUUUAUUUGACUCAAAGAUUAAAAUGCCCCUCCCCCAUGUGUAUCUCUUAUGGCCUGUAAUAAUUGAAAGCAAUGUUUUUGCAGUUUAUAUAAUGCAAUUUUUAAUCUGUGUUCAAAAAUGGAGUUCAUAUGGGCUUAACACAUGAAAUGGGUGGCACAGAUCCACUUGCAGAACCCAAAGAUACACAAUCAAUUUUGAAAUGCAACUUAAGCCAUUAAUUGUUGGUGUGAAUUUAAAAUUUUCUAGUGUUUGUAUGGUAGUAUGCUGCCUAAGAGCAAAGCAUUCUCUGCACAAAAGAAAAUUACUGUAGUGGCUUCGAUUUUAAUUAGAAUUUUCUCCCUGGUGUUUCUUUAUAGACUAAAACAAAAUCUUUUAAGUUUCUUACUACAGGUAAAAGCUAUGUGCAAGAACCUCAAAAUGCUAAAAUCUAGCAUAAUGCCUUAGAUCUGUUUUUAAGUCUUGUAUAUUCCUACAUAGCUGUCCGAUGUAUUAUAUUUGUAUAGUGAAUUGUGUACAAUUUUUGAAUAAGUGCAUCAUCACUUAACCUUUAUGUUGUUGAAUAGUGAUGAUGAUACAUUUCUUCAAACAUUUAACUGUCAUUUUUUUCUCCUUUGUCAUUUGUGAGUUUUAUUUGUACAGUUCCUCAUGAAGUUGCAUCUGAGAUGUGUGUAUAUGAAAAGAUUAUACAAGGGUAAAAUUAAGCAAUAUAUUAACUAUGGUUCUUCAGGAGAAAGCUUACAGUGUUUCAGGUUGUGAUUUAUUUUCAAAAUGGAGUUGACUCUGAACAUCACUUUGUUCACCUGCAUUGAUGUUUGUAUUUCUAGUGUGAGCAGUUUAUGCAAAGGUAGAUAUAUUCAGAGAAAUUUUAAAUACAUUUAUGCAAGUUAAUAUUGCUUUGCUGAUGCUAUUUGCUUAUUUGAUGUUAAAUAAUGCUAUUGUAAAUAAAGAAUUCUGUUGUUAUUGCAUCAUUUAAUAAAUUUUAAUGCCUUCGGGUUUUACAUGGC